AUGGCGAGGAAGAAAUUUACUCGAUUAGAAAUCUCUCUGAUUGUCCUAUUUUCUAUAGUUACAGUAAUAGCUAUUGUCCUAGUUGUUGUUUUAGCAACUAAGACACCUGCUGUUAAAGAAAUUAUUGAUUCUACUUCAAGCCCAGCUACCACUUGCACAACCACUGUGUAUCCUGGUUCAGGAAAAUGUCCAAGUGAGCUGAAUGAUCCUAUCAAUGAGAGGAUAAACUGCAUCCCAGAACAAUUUCCAACACGGACACUUUGUGCAACUCGAGGUUGCUGCUGGAGGCCAUGGAAUGAUUCUGUUAUUCCUUGGUGCUUCUUCGCAGAUAACCACGGCUAUAAUGCUGAGGGAACAACAUCAACAAAUACUGGACUUAAAGCCAAAUUAAACAGGAUACCUUCACCUACACUAUUUGGAAAUGACAUUAACAGUGUUCUCCUCACAGCUCAAAGUCAGACACCCAGUCGUCUCCGGUUCAAGAUUACUGAUCCAAAUAAUAGAAGAUACGAAGUUCCUCAUCAAUUUGUAAAAGAAUUUAGUGGAACUGCAGCAUCUGAUACAUUGUAUGAUGUGAAGGUUAUAGAAAAUCCAUUUAGCAUUAAAGUUUAUAGAAAAAGCAAUAAUAAAAUUUUGUUUGACACCAGCAUUGGUCCCCUGGUAUACUCUGACCAGUAUUUACAGAUCUCAGCAAGACUUUCCAGUCAAUAUAUUUAUGGUAUUGGGGAACAUAUUCACAAGAGAUUUCGUCAUGAUUUAUAUUGGAAAACAUGGCCAAUUUUUACUCGGGAUCAGCUUCCUGGUGAUAAUAAUAAUAACUUAUAUGGCCAUCAAACAUUCUUCAUGUGCAUUGAGGAUACUUCUGGAAAGUCAUUUGGUGUUUUCUUAAUGAACAGCAAUGCAAUGGAGAUUUUCAUCCAGCCUACUCCAAUAGUAACUUACAGAGUUACAGGUGGCAUUCUGGACUUUUACAUCUUUCUAGGAGAUACACCAGAACAAGUAGUUCAACAGUAUCAAGAGCUCAUUGGACGACCAGCAAUGCCAGCAUAUUGGAAUCUUGGAUUCCAACUGAGUCGCUGGAAUUAUAAGUCACUUGAUGUAGUGAAAGAAGUGGUACGAAGAAAUCGGGAAGCUGCCAUACCAUUUGAUACACAGGUCACUGAUAUUGACUAUAUGGAAAACAAGAAAGCCUUUACUUAUGAUCAAGUUGCAUUUAAUGGCCUCCCUGGAUUUGUUCAAGAUUUGCAUGACCAUGGGCAGAAAUAUGUCAUCAUCUUGGACCCUGCAGUUUCCAUAGAGAAACGUAUCAAUGGAGCAGCAUAUGGAUCCUAUGAGAGGGGAACUGCAAAAAAUGUGUGGGUAAAUGAGUCAGAUGGGACUACAGCAAUUAUUGGAGAGGUAUGGCCAGGAUUAACAGUAUACCCUGAUUUCACUAAUCCAAACUGCAUAGAAUGGUGGGCAGAUGAAUGCAACAUUUUCUAUCAAGAAGUGAAGUAUGAUGGACUUUGGAUUGACAUGAAUGAAGUUUCCAGCUUUGUUCAAGGUUCAAAGAAAGGAUGCAAUGACAACAAACUGAAUUAUCCACCUUUUACUCCUGAUAUUCUUGACAAACUCCUGUAUUCCAAGACAAUUUGCAUGGAUGCUGUACAAUACUGGGGGAAACAGUAUGAUGUUCACAGCCUCUAUGGAUACAGUAUGGCUAUAGCCACAGAGAGAGCUCUAGAAAAAGUUUUUCCUAAUAAAAGAAGCUUUAUUCUCACCCGGUCAACUUUUGCUGGAUCUGGAACCCAUGCUGCACAUUGGUUAGGAGACAAUACUGCUUCUUGGGAACAAAUGGAAUGGUCUAUUACAGGAAUGCUGGAGUUUGGCUUGUUUGGAAUACCUUUGGUUGGAGAAGAUAUCUGUGGAUUUGUGGCUGAGACCACAGAAGAGCUUUGCAGAAGGUGGAUGCAACUUGGGGCUUUUUAUCCGUUUUCCAGAAACCAUAAUGCUGAUGGAUAUGAGCAUCAGGAUCCAGCAUUUUUUGGACAGAAUUCUCUUUUGGUUAAUUCAUCAAGGCACUAUUUGAAUAUUCGCUAUACCUUGUUACCUUUCCUCUAUACUCUAUUUUAUAAAGCCCAUAUGUUUGGAGAAACAGUAGCAAGGCCAUUUCUUCAUGAGUUUUAUGAGGAUACCGAUAGCUGGAUUGAGGACACUCAGUUCUUAUGGGGCCCCUCAUUACUUAUUACCCCUGUCUUGAAACAGGGAGCAGAUACAGUGAGUGCAUACAUCCCUAAUGCUACUUGGUAUGAUUUUGAAACUGGUGCAAGAAGGCAAUGGAAAAAACAACGUGUUGAUAUGUAUCUUCCAGCAGACAAAAUAGGAUUACAUCUUAGAGGAGGUUAUGUUAUCCCCAUUCAGCAACCUGCUGUAACUACAACAGCAAGCCGAAAGAACCCUCUAGGACUUAUAGUUGCGUUAGAUGAAGAUAACAGAGCAAAAGGAGACUUUUUCUGGGAUGAUGGAGAAAGUAAAGAUACCAUCCAGAAUGGCAACUAUAUUUUAUAUACAUUUUCAGUUUCUAACAACAAAUUAGAUAUUAUAUGCACACAUUCAUCAUACCAGGAGGGAACCACUUUAGCAUUUGAGACUAUAAAAAUCCUUGGAUUGAUAGACACUGUUACAGAAGUUUCAGUGGUGGAAGAUGAUGAACCAAUGAGAGGUCACUACAAUUUCACUUAUGAUGCUUCCAACCAGAAUCUACUAAUUUACAAUCUCACGUUUAACCUUGGAAGAAACUUUACUGUUCAGUGGGAUCAAACUUCCUUGGAAACUGAAAAGUUUACUUGCUCUCCAGAUGCAGACAUUGCAACAAAACAAAGCUGUGAACAACGUGGCUGCUUAUGGCACACGGCUCCUUUUGGAUCCAAAGCACCUGAGUGUUACUUUCCUAAAGAAGACAACCCUUAUUUAGUCCAAUCAACUCAGUACUCAUCAGUGGGUAAAACAUCUGACCUCUGGCUGAAUACCGUAAAUGCUCGAAUAAAGGUACUUUCUGAUCCCAUCUCACUCCGUGUGGAGGUGAAAUAUCACAAAGAUGAUAUGCUGCAGUUUAAGAUUUAUGAUCCCCAAAAUAAGAGAUAUGAAGUUCCAGUACCAUUAAACAUUCCAACUACACCAACCAGUACUUAUGAAAGUAGACUUUAUGAUGUUGAAAUCAAGGAAAAUCCUUUUGGCAUCCAGAUUCGAAGGAGAAGCACAGGAAGAGUUAUUUGGGAUUCUCACCUUCCUGGAUUUGCUUUUAAUAACCAGUUCAUUCAAAUAUCUACACGCCUGCCAUCAGAAUAUGUAUAUGGUUUGGGGGAAGUGGAACACACAGCAUUUAAGCGAGAUCUGAACUGGCAUACUUGGGGAAUGUUCACAAGAGACCAACCCCCUGGUUAUAAACUUAAUUCGUAUGGAUUUCAUCCCUAUUACAUGGCUCUGGAAGAUGAGAGCCAUGCUCAUGGAGUUCUCUUACUUAACAGCAAUGCAAUGGAUGUUACAUUUCAGCCAACUCCUGCUCUAACAUAUCACACAGUUGGAGGAAUCUUGGACUUUUACAUGUUUUUGGGCCCAUCUCCAGAAGUCGUAACAAAGCAAUACCAUGAAGUAAUUGGCCAACCAGUCAUGCCACCUUAUUGGGCUUUGGGAUUCCAGUUAUGUCGUUAUGGGUACAGAAAUACUUCACAAGUUGAACAAGUAUAUAAUGACAUGGUGGCUGCUCAGAUCCCCUAUGAUGUUCAAUACACAGACAUUGAUUACAUGGAAAGGCAACUAGACUUUACUAUUGAUGAAGAAUUCCAUGACCUUCCUCAGUUUGUUGACAAAAUAAGAACUGAGGGAAUGCGAUACAUUAUUAUACUGGAUCCGGCAAUUUCAGGAAAUGAAACAAAGCCUUACCCUGCCUUUGAAAGAGGACAGGAGAAAGAUGUCUUUGUCAAAUGGCCUAACACCAAUGAUAUUUGUUGGGCAAAGGUUUGGCCAGAUUUGCCCAAUGUAACAAUAGAUGAAAGUCUAACUGAAGAUGAAGCUGUUAAUGCUUACAGAGCUCAUGUAGCUUUUCCAGAUUUCUUUAGGAAUUCCACAGCAGAGUGGUGGGCAAGGGAAAUUAUAGAUUUCUACAAUAACCAGAUGAAGUUUGAUGGCUUGUGGAUUGAUAUGAAUGAACCAUCAAGUUUUAUAAGUGGGACAACUACUAAUCAAUGCAGAAAUACAGAGCUAAAUUAUCCACCUUACUUCCCAGAACUCACAAAAAAAACUGAUGGAUUACAUUUCAGAACCAUAUGUAUGGAAACCGAGCAGAUUCUUAGUGAUGGUUCAUCCGUUUUGCAUUACGAUGUUCACAAUCUGUAUGGAUGGUCACAAGGGAAGCCUACUUAUGAUGCAUUGCAGAAGGCAACUGGCAAAAGAGGAAUUGUUAUUUCUCGUUCCACAUACCCUACUGCUGGACGAUGGGCAGGACACUGGCUUGGAGACAACUAUGCAAAAUGGGACAAUUUAGACAAAUCUAUCAUUGGUAUGAUGGAAUUUAGUCUCUUUGGAAUGUCAUAUACUGGAGCGGAUAUCUGUGGUUUCUUCAACAAUUCGGAAUAUCAGCUCUGCGCCCGCUGGAUGCAGCUUGGAGCAUUUUAUCCAUACGCAAGAAGUCACAACAGUGCAUUUACUAGGAGACAAGAUCCUGCUUCCUGGAAUGAAACUUUUUCUGAGAUGUCAAGGACUAUUCUAAAUAUUAGAUAUACCUUAUUGCCCUAUUUCUAUACACAGAUGCAUGAAAUUCAUGCUCAUGGUGGCACUGUUAUCCGACCCCUUUUGCAUGAGUUCUUUAAUGAAAAGCCAACCUGGGAUGUAUUCAAACAGUUCCUGUGGGGUCCAGCGUUUAUGGUUACCCCUGUAGUGGAAGAUUAUGUUGACACUGUAAAAGGCUACGUCCCUAAUGCUCAGUGGUUUGAUUACCAUACAGGCAAAGAUAUUGGUGUCAGAGAAACAUUUCACACAUUUGCAGCUCCUUUAUAUGAAAUAAACCUACAUGUCCGUGGUGGUUAUAUUUUACCAUGUCAAGAGCCUGCUCAAAACACAUUUUACAGUCGACAAAAUUACAUGAAGCUCAUUGUUGCUGCGGAUGAUCAUCAGAUGGCACAAGGAUCUCUGUUUUGGGAUGAUGGAGAGACUAUAGACACCUAUGAAAGAGACCUAUAUUUCUUUGUACAAUUUAAUUUAAACAAGACCAUCUUGACAAGCGCUAUACUGAAAAAUGGUUACAUAAACAAAAAUGAAAUGAGGCUUGGAUACAUCCACAUAUGGGGGAAAGAAAAGACUCCUGUCAGUGAGGUUAAUCUCAUACAUAAUGGAAAUAAAGAAACUGUUAACUUUGAAAACAAAGACCUGGAGAUAUUAAACAUUGAUCUAAGACAGAAUAAUGUAACUCUAGAUGAACCAAUAGAAAUCAGCUGGUCAUGA